UGCGAGUACACGAUCGUUGAAAAUUCGCCCAUUAAUUAAAGAAGAAGAAGAGUUGAAAAUUCACGAAGCUGUUGUGGCGGAGACAAUUUAAGGUUAUACAAGUUCAGGAUGAAGAGAUCGCACUCGCGAAGAGACGAAGACGAGGAUAAGGAACGUUCUCGUAAGCGCAAAGACCACAAACAUAACGAUUCCAAAGAGUUAAAGCAUAACGGCGAUCAUAGGAAUUCCAGGCUGCACGAUGAUCACAGGAGUUCCAGACGCAAUGACGAGCACAGGAACUCUAAACGGGACGACAGCUACCGCGGUUCUAAGCGCGAUGACGAUCAUCGGAGCUCCCGACGCGACAAUCACAGAGAUCGUAGGUACACCGACGAUCUUAGGGACAGCGACGGUGGAGCAGCUGGGAAGAGGAAUUCAUCACAGGAGGAGAUCGGUAGCAGGUAUUAUGGAGAACCGGAUAAAGCGCGAGAGAACCCUGAGAAUGCCAAACAGAAGCGGACGGUAGAUCUUCUGACCUCGAGGACGGGAGGCGCGUACAUCCCACCUGCCAAAUUGCGUAUGCUCCAAGCAGAAAUCACUGAUAAGUCAGGAGCUGCUUAUCAACGUAUUGCCUGGGAAGCAUUAAAAAAAUCCAUUCACGGAUACAUCAAUAAAGUAAACACCAGCAAUAUCGGAAUCAUAACACGGGAGCUGCUGCGUGAGAACAUUGUCCGAGGUAGAGGCCUGUUGGCACGAUCUAUCAUUCAGGCACAAGCUGCGUCUCCAACAUUCACUCCAGUUUACGCAGCAUUAACAUCUAUAAUCAAUUCCAAGUUUCCUAACAUAGGCGAGCUAGUGCUGAAGCGACUUGUUCUGCAAUUCAAACGUGGAUUCAAACGGAAUGAUAAACCUUUGUGCAUAUCUUCAGGAACUUUUAUAGCGCAUUUGGUUAACCAGCGUGUGGCUUAUGAGAUUAUCGCUUUGGAAAUCUUGACUCUACUGCUGGAGACGCCAACCGACGAUUCCGUUGAAGUAGCCAUAGCGUUUUUGAAGGAAUGUGGUAUGAAAUUGACAGAGGUUUCACGAAGGGGUAUCGAGGCUAUCUUUGAAAUGCUCAGGAACAUAUUGCAUGAAGGACAAUUGGACAAGCGAGUCCAGUAUAUGAUAGAAGUUAUGUUCCAGAUCAGGAAGGAUGGAUUUAAGGAUCAUGAGGCUGUACCCGAAGAACUGGAUCUUGUGGAGGAAGAACAUCAAAUUACUCAUUUGAUAAGAUUGGAUGAUGAGAUGGAAGCACAAGAUAUAUUAAACGUAUUCAAGUUUGACGCGGAUUAUCUUGCUUCCGAAGAAAAAUACAAGCAGUUGUGUAAAGAAAUUCUUGGCUCGGACGUCAGUGACUCAGAGGGCGAUGACGAAGAUGGGGAAGAGGAAAGCUCAGACAAUGACAGCAGCAUGGAACAGAUCGAGGGAAAGGAAGGAGUGAUUCUUGAUAAUACAGAAACAAAUCUGACUGCACUUCGACGGACUAUAUAUCUGACUAUACACUCUUCGCUCGAUUUCGAGGAAUGUGCACAUAAAUUGAUGAAAAUGCAACUGAAACCUGGACAGGAGGUUGAACUGUGUCAUAUGUUUUUAGAUUGUUGUGCGGAAAUGCGGACGUAUGAGAAGUUCUUUGGCCUCUUAGCCGGUCGGUUUUGCGCUAUUAAUAAAAGAUAUGUAACACCAUUCGAGCAAAUUUUCAAAGACUCCUAUCACACAAUACACCGCCUUGACACGAACAAGUUGCGAAAUGUGUCAAAAUUCUUUGCACAUUUACUCUUUACAGACUCUAUAUCGUGGAGUGUACUUUCGUGCAUAAAACUGAAUGAGGAAGACACCACGAGUUCCAACAGAAUAUUUAUCAAGAUCUUGUUUCAGGAACUCUCCGAGUACAUGGGUUUGGCGAAGUUGAACGAACGGGUUAAGGACAUAACAUUGCAGGAGGUGUUUGAAGGACUGUUUCCUAGAGAUGAUCCGAAGAACACACGUUUUGCAAUCAACUUCUUUACGUCGAUCGGCUUGGGUGGCUUGACAGACGAUUUGAGAGAGCAUUUAAAGUCUCAUCCAAAGCCAGUUGCUGUGCCGCCAUUGAUUACCAAGGAAGAACCCUUGAGUUCUGAUGAGUCUACCAGCUCGUCAUCCAGCUCCAGUUCGUCUAGUUCGACGUCAACGGAUUCUUCGUCAUCGUCAGAGGAUGAAAUUUCAGUAAAAAAGAAGAAAAAGAAAAUGCUGCAAAAACGAAAAGAAAAUAAAUCGAAAUCGAGAGACAAAAAGGAAGAAAAGACUAAGAAAAUACACAGUAAGAAGAAGAAAAGCAAGACGUCGAAAAGAGACAAAUAA